CUGGAGCCUCGCGACCCUAGGAAGAUGGCGGCGUCCAGCUGCAUGUGGUAGUGGCUUGCCCGGGCUGGGGUCGGUUGUCCCGAAGGGAAAAAGCCAUGAAACGCAAGGCCUUUACGGGCCGCCACGGCGGCGCGAUGAAGCGGCUACGGCUGGCGGUGCAAGAGUUCGUGCACGCGGCCUCGGGGGAAAAGACCCCCGGCGGCGCGGAGAGCGCGGGCCACACCGGACCACCGCGGGCGGCCCUGCGUCCCGGCGGGAAGAAGCGCCGCAAGGAGCUGAAGAAGGAGAAGCGACAUCUAAGGAAAGCCCGCCGGCUGCAGCGGACCGGGGGGCCGGCUCAGGCCUCGGGGGCCGCCCGGGAACGGCCGGGGGAGAACAAGAAGCAGGCGGGCGCAACUGCGGCUCCGACCCCGGCCCCCGGAAAGCCGCAGAAGCCAAAGCAGCAGCUGCACAGGCCGCUGGUCGAGGACAGGCCCCUCUGCGGGCCCACUCAGGCCCAGUCCCGGGGACCCGUAGCCGGCGCCGCUUCCGCAGCCGCCGCCGCCGCAGCUCGGAAACGAGCGCUUCUGGCGGCCAACGAGGAAGAGGACCGCGAGAUCCGCAAGCUGGAACGCCGCCUGGGGCUGAGCAAGCGCCGCCAGAAGAAGAAGAAGGGCGACGGCGCCUCCGCGGCAGCGGCCUUGCCGUCCAGCUUCGUCCGCGACGGCCUGGACUACAUCCUUGGGGCGCUGGAGGCAGGCGGCGGCUCUGCCUUGUACGAGGACGGGGAUAGCGAGGACGGGGAAGGGGAGGGGUCGCCGCUGCCCCGCGGGAGGGGCCUGGACGGGGACUCGGGACCGGACAGUGACAACGGGGACUCGGGAGAGGACAGUGACGACGACGAGGAGGAGGAGGAGGCUUUUGUGGAAGAGGAGCCCCCAGAGGAAGAAGAGGAGGAGGAGGAGGCGGGGGCCGACACGCAGGUAGAAGCGGAGAAGGAAAAGAAGGAGGAAAGGAAGAGGGUGCGUUUUGCAGAUGAGGAUAAUGGAGAUUCCUCUUCUGACGCUGAGAGCACCGCCGAUGAGGUUCUUUGUAAAAGUGCAAAGUAUAUCCCACCUCAUGUGAGAAGAUCUGAGGAAACAGUGGAUGCCAAAAAGAAGGAAGAAUUAGAAAGGUUAAAGAAAAAUGUGAAAGGUCUAAUUAACAGGUUGAGUGAACCCAAUAUGGCUUCUAUAAGUGGACAGCUGGAAGAGUUAUACAUGGCAAACAGUAGAAAGGAUAUGAAUGAUACUUUGACAGAUGUUCUUAUGACUGCUUGUGUAACUGAAGCUGUGAUGCCUGCCAGGCUGAUGAUGGAGCAUGUACUUUUGGUUAGCAUCCUUCACCACACUGUAGGAAUCGAGGUUGGUGCUCACUUUUUGGAAGCUGUGGUGAAGAAAUUUGAUAAAAUACAUAAAACUGGUAGUGAAGGAAAAGAAUGUGACAACCUCUUUGCCAUAAUUGCCCAUCUGUAUAACUUCCAUGUGGUACAAUCUCUACUCAUCUUUGACAUUCUCAAAAGGCUUAUUGGAACUUUCACAGAAAAGGACAUUGAAUUGAUUCUCCUAAUGCUGAAAAAUGUCGGUUUUUCCCUGAGAAAAGAUGAUGCUUUGUCCCUGAAGGAACUGAUCAGUGAAGCUCAGACCAAAGCCAGUGGAGUGGGCAAGAAGUUCCAGGAUCAAACUAGGAUUCGAUUCAUGCUUGAGACCAUGUUGGCACUAAAGAAUAACGACAUGCGCAAAAUUCCAGGCUAUGACCCUGAACCUGUGGAGAAACUAAGAAAACUACAGAGAACAUUGAUUCGAAGCAGUGGUUCUGGUAAAGAAACUCAACUUCGGGUGUCCUGGGAAAGCCUUUUGAAUGCAGAGCAGAUUGGCAGGUGGUGGAUUGUAGGGUCCUCAUGGAGUGGAGCCCCAAUGAUUGACAGCAACAGUCACAGCCAGCAGAAACAACUCAAAGGAACGGUUAGCUCAAAGAUACUAGAGCUUGCCCGAAAGCAAAGAAUGAACACUGAUAUCAGAAGAAAUGUUUUUUGUACAUUGAUGAUUAGUGAAGAUUUUUUGGAUGCGUUUGAAAAGCUUCUAAAGCUUGGACUCAAGGACCAGCAAGAAAGAGAGAUAGUUCAUGUCCUCAUAGAUUGUUGCCUACAAGAGAAAAUAUAUAAUCCUUUUUAUGCAUUUUUGGCUAGCAAAUUUUGUGAAUAUGAAAGGAGAUUUCAGAUGACAUUCCAGUUCAGCAUAUGGGACAAAUUUCGGGAUUUAGAAAAUUUGUCAGCUACUACAUUUUCUAAUUUUGUGCAGUUGGUGGCCCACUUGCUGAAGAAAAAGUCACUUCCACUUUCUAUCUUUAAGGUAAUUGAGUUCAGUGAACUAAACAAACCUAGAGUCCACUUUUUACGGAAAAUAUUACAUAUGCUAUUGAUGGAAACAGAAGUUGAAGAACUUACCACAAUUUUUGGCAGAGUAUCUGACAACCCAAAGCUGGGAAUGUUGCGGGAAGGUUUGAAGCUUUUUAUUAGCCACUUCUUACUGAGGAACACACAGGCCCUCCAAAGUGCCGAAGAAGCCAGUGCACUUAAAGAAAGAGCCGAUCUUGCAACAAAAGCUUUGCAAGGAAAAUCAUCCUUAAAAAUGUAGCAUUUUGGUAAAUGGUCAUGAUUGGAGUGAAUCGGUAAAACCAGAAAAUCUCUAGGCUUGCAGAGCCAGUAUUUCCAGAUAAUGGAACUCUGAAUGAGACUUUAUAAGGAUCUAUUUAUUUUUAUAUAUCUUUGUUGUAUGUGUAUAAAGUAUGCUGGGUAUAAUUUAUACAGUUUUUAAUAUUGAAAAUGGUUUUCUAUUGCUGGAUGUAAUGAGACCUUGAUACAGAUUAAGAGUAGACCACUAGAUGGUGCAGUAAUCAUGAAAAAAAUUCAGUGUCAUUAGUGACUAAAUGUUUUUUUAGAAAAAAGAAAUCCCUCAAUAAAAUUAUUUAAAUGU